GUGGUGAUCAAUCCGCCGGUAACCUGGAAGAAGAAGAACACGGUCUCUGUUUUCAUUACCUUGAUGAACCCGGUUCUGUUCGGGGGGUAUCAUGCCGGUUUGUAAGUACUUGUGUGGUUCUUCUGGACCAGAGUAAAGAUCUGCUGUUUUCCAUGAGUCCACUGGAGACCCCAGGGACGCCUCAGCGAAACCAGGCCGCGGAGAGAUAGCUGAGCUCCCCGGCUAGCAGGCUAGUUAGCUGCUCCGUUGGCUUAAACAGGAUGGCGUUUCCUUAUAAAAUCCCCAAGAAGAAACAACCUGAGGAUUCUGACCCUGCUCACAUCCACCUGCAGUCACCCCUGUCACGUCUCCAUGGCUCUGACCCCCAGGUUAAGGAGCAGGAUUUUGGGAAUCCUACCAGAAGAGGUGGAUCUGACAGAAUGCAUGAUGGGAAGCCACCUGCAAUAAGGGCGACGCGGCAACCGUUCAGGAGCUACAUCCAAACUCUGCUAGGUGUGGACAGCUCCGGCAGGGGCGGAGCUUCAUCAGCCAAUCACAGGUCGGCAGGAAGCUGGAGCAGCCAAUGGCAGCAGAGCUUCUCUAACUGCCGGGGGCGGCCUAAGAGAGCGUCUGACCAUCUGCUGCAGUCAGAGAACACCUCAGGUCUACAGUCUCCACCACAGAAGAAAGUUUCCAGUCCCUCCAUGCCACAUAAACGCAUAUCUGUGAAGGCUGUGGACUACCUGGAGGAGCAGAGARCACAGGUGGAUGCUGGGAAGUUGAGUUCUUCUCCGCCACUGAGGAAAGUGGACCCGGCCGCCAACGGGAAGGAGAAGAAGAACUCGUCCAGCGUUGGCCCAGAGGAGACGCCUGAGGACGAGUUUGUGUCACUGUCCAGCUCCUCUUCCUCGUCCCCGAUGAAGACGGUGUUGUCGCCAAAGACAGCCAGGAGGAGGCGGUGUGCGGACCUGGAGGACGUGAUGGAGGCUCAGAGACACAGAUGGAGGACGUUCAGAGACAGGAAGACGCUGGCUACUUCAGUUCUUAGACAGAAGAAGUCCAGACUGGAUCCCAGUGAAGCCAGUGAGUCUGACUCGCUUCCUCUGCCGCCCGGUUCCUGGUCCGCUCUGCAGCUAUCCAGUGARGAGGAGGAGGACGAUGAAGGACAGAGGACGUCCCGACGGGUGGAUGGAGCAAGACACACCGAGAAGACGCAGGUUCUGUUGGGUUCUUCUCCGCCGUCCUUCCUGCAGCUGGAGUUCUGCUCGCUCCACUCCGGCCUGAUGGAGGCUGACGCUCGCGGAGCUAUGAAGAUCGCUGAAUAUGGGAUCACCUUCCCAGUGAAAGGAUCGGAGGACACCGAGGUGACGGUGGUGGCCUCUCAGCUCCGAGGCUACGGCGUCUGGGACGGGGGCGUGGCGAUGGGCGGGGAUCUGCUGGCCGGAUGGAAAGGUCCCGCCCCCUCGCUGCUCUUCCUCUGGGUGUUGGCGGCUCARGCCAACGUCCUGCAGAGGGAGCUGUCGCUCAUCCAGAAGUCCAGCACCAGAGCUAACGCGCCGCCAUGCUCCUUCCUCCUGGUGUUGCUGAAGGAACAGCUAUCGGAGAUGCAGGCCGCUCUGCUGGCCUCCAUCUUGGAUAUGGCGGAGUACAAGCAGCACCACUCCUCCUCCCCCAUCGACUGGUCCCAGGGCCUGCUGCUGCUCCAUACCUGUCCCGCUCCUCUGGACCGGCACCUGCUGCGGCUGCUGGGUCAUUCUGCUUGUGUGACCAGCAGGUGUCUCUGUGGAGGAUGUGGCGCCGUCCACCAGAAGCCGGGUCAGUCCAGUGCUGCUCAGAGUAACCUUGCUGGUCAGCAGCCCACCAGGCUGAUCCAGUACCCUCUGGUUCCGUGUAUCGGUCGGAUGACGCUGACGCAGGAAGACCUGGACUGUCUGGACGCCGGGGAGUUCCUGAACGACGUCAUCAUCGACUUCUACCUCAAGUACCUGCUCCUGGAGGGCGUUGGCGGUACGGUGGCCCAGAGGAGUCACGUCUUCAGCAGUUUCUUCUACAAGCAGCUGAGCUGCCGGCGAGCGGCUGGAGAGAGCGACGCCCCCUUUGUCCCCGACCAUCACACGAGGCAUCAGAGGGUGAAGACGUGGACGCGGGACGUGGACAUUUUCUCCAAAGACUUCCUGUUUGUGCCUGUUAACAAAGCAGCCCAYUGGUUCCUGGUGGUGGUCUGUUUCCCCGGACUGGAGGGCGUUCAGACCGAGGAGUUCCAGAGCGGAGCAGGUGGAUCCGAACGUGCUGCAGCAGAACCGCGCCCCAGGUCCCAGCUGCCUCCGUGCUCCCUGCUGGGCUGUCAGAAGAAAACAGUCACCAAAAGGCCGUGCAUCCUGGUCAUGGACUCCCUGAAGCUUUCCAGCCACGACGACGUCUGCCGACUCAUCAGAGGCUACCUGCAAGUGGAGUGGGAGGUUCGGAGGAAGACUCCACGCCUCUUCGCCCCGGCCUCCAUGCGGAGCUGCACCUGCAGCGUUCCUCAGCAGGACAACGGCAGCGACUGCGGCGUCUACCUGCUGCAGUACGCCGAGAGCUUCUUGCAGAACCCCGUCGUCGACUUCGACCCGCCGCUGCGACUGGAGGGCUGGUUCCCACGGCAACGGGCGCGGCAGAAACGCGACGAGAUCCGUAGUCUGCUGUUGAGGCUGGAACGGGCCCAGCUGAGUGAACAGAACCAGGACGCCGAGUUCUGAUCCAACUGUAAAUGAGUCCACUUCCUGUUUUGUAAAAUAAAGACUAAUUUAUUUUA